AUGCAAUGGAGCAAAUCAUAUGGCCUGCAUCUAAAUCCAACAAAAACGCAAGUUCUUAUAUUUGGCACACCGAGUAUGCUAUCGCGGAUUGAUUGGACAAACUUGCAGUCAGUAUGCGUUGAUGGAGUUCCUCUCACAUACAGUAGUUGUGCGAAAAACCUAGGUAUCUAUAUAGACCAGACAUUGUCUUGGACAAAACAGAUUGAGGAAGUACGUAAGAAAGUGUUUGCUGCUGGUUCAUCUCUUCGCAGACUUUCCAAUUUCCUACCAGUACCAACGAAGCAAGUGCUAGCGCAGUCACUUCUUAUAUCAAUCCUAGAUUAUGCAGAUAUAUGUUACCUUGACAUCACUGAAGAACAACUAAAUAAAUUGGAACGUAUGCAAAAUUAUGCUAUUCGUUUUAUCUUUGGACUGAGAAAAUAUGAUCAUGUCUCUGAAUACCGUAAAAAACUCAAUUGGUUGACAAUACGAAAGAGGCGUGAUAUGCACGUUCUCUGUCUACUCUACCGAAUCCUUUUUGAUCACACCACUCCUUCUUACCUUAAAAAACGAUUUAUCUUCCUAGGUGCUUCUCACGAACUUGAUUUGAGAUCAAUUGAUAAUCUUCUUCUCUUUAUGCCUCUACAUACUACGAAAACGUAUUCUAACUCUUUUUCAGUUCAUGCUGUUAGACUCUGGAAUUCCCUACCUAUUAUGAUUAGAAAAGCGCAGUCACUAUCAAGCUUUAAAUACAAGUUAAAAAACCUUUUCCUUCAGGAUUAA